CUUUUGUGUAAGCUAAUACAUAAGUGUAUAACACGUAGAGAAGAAAAGAUGAGAGAGGUUGGGAAGAAUAUAGUCUCAUGGCAACUUUGCAGAGGUCUGCAGUUUCAUUUAGCAGGCAAGGGUCGUCAGGUAUGGUGUGGGACGACAACCACGUGCUCGGAGAAGAUGGGAUGGUGCAGUUCCGGAAGUUGAGGCCAUGGCAGAGCACCCGACAGCGUGGCAGCAGCUCCUCUCCAGGAGUUCCCAUCAGCUGCCCUCGCAGCUUGUCGACACCAGCCAAUCAGAAGGAAUUGUCCCUUCAAGUGUUGCGGAUGUUAUCUUUUCUGAUGAGAUUCAGCCGGCUGUCCCGGAAUCUAAAUCGGUAAAAACAGAAAUCCUAUUUGCAGGGGAGAUCAUAUUUGAGUUUGGAAACUCGAUUCGUGCUUACUGCUGGCUCCUUCUAUAAAUUCACCAAUAAUAAAGUUUAUUCUAUUCA